AUGUCUAAAUCACCAUAUAUUCCUCCUGAAGUAAAAACAUAUAUUGAACAAUACAAAAUUGAAGAAAUCAUUAAAGAUGCAGUUAACACUAUACUUUCAUAAAAACCAACUGAUCCUUAUACAACAUUUUCAUAAUACUUUGGAAAAGUAACUUAAUAUUAUUGAUUCAGUUAUCAACUCCUGUUAUUGAAUUAGAUGAUAUUACAGGUUUAGAAAUAUUAAAUAAUGAAUUAAAGUCAAGUAUUCAAUUGAUUUUCACAGUCUAAUUCAAAAAUUAAAAAUUACAUUUUUAUUCUCCAUUAUACUUUUCCUAAUCUUAUCCAGAAUAAGAAAUAUUUUAGUAAAAUUAUAGUUAAUUUAAGUGAUGAUGAAUAAAAAAAUAUGAAAUAAGCAAUCUAAGAAAUAUAAAAGAUAUCUUAAUAAUUAAAAGGAAAAAAAUCAAAAGAUUAAAAAUAAGUUGAUGAAACACUAAUCAAAUAUCUUAAUGAACAUCCAGUAUAAUAUUAUAUAUAUAUAUUAUAGAAUCGAAUUAAUGUUGUUUAAUAAAUUUCAUUUAGUUUAAUUCCUUUACAUGCACACUUUAUGAAUUAAAGUUUAUCAAAAUUAUUAUGUCAAUAAUUUAAUACUUAAGAAACUAAAACACCUAAACUCUUUGUAAAUUUACUAUAAGGUAGUAAAGUAGUUAGUUCUAAAUGUAAAAUUUAUAAGUUUUUAUUAAUAUGUGAGGGAGAAGGAGCUUUAUAAAAAAUUUAAAAUGUUGUUAAUAAUGUCAAAAAAACUAUUAUUUCAGGUAAAAAAGGAGAAGCAGGCCUUUAGUUUUAUUAAGAUGGUACAUUUAUUUGUCCAGGUGAUACUAUACCAGAUAAUCUAAAAAUAAUUGAAUAAGCAAUAGAUGUUGCUUAAUUGAAAGAUUAAGUUCAACUUGGAUUAGUUUGGUUAGCAGAAUUAUUUUAUGUUCCUGAAGAAAAGAAAUAUGAUUUAGACAAUCCAAAAAAAUUAUUAGAUGCAGAUUAAUUAAUAGAUUAUUAUUUUAAAUUAUGCUAAGAAAAACCUAUUAUUGUUUAUUUAGAGGAUCCUAUUCAUCAUUCUGAUAUUGUGGGAUGGACCAAAAUAACUAAUAAAUUUAAAGAAUCUAAAGUCAAAUUAGGUAGUAGAAGAUUAUAUUCAAAUAUUGAUAAAGCAAAAAAACAUUGUGAAGCAUUAAGUCUAUAAACUAAUCCUGAAUUAACUGAAUAGUAAAUAAACCAGUUAAAUAAUGAAAGAAUACAUAUUGAUUAUAUAUAUAAGCCUCUCUAUGAAUACAAUACUUUUACAGAAUUAUAAAAUCAUCUCAGCUAUUUGAUUUCUAAAGUAAUAUAUUAUUCAAUAAUAUUAGAAAGCUUCCUUAUAAAUUAUUAUUGGUGAUUCACUUGUUGAUACAGAAGACUCUUAUUUCGUUGAUGUUGCUGUAAUCUUAUUUUUUAUUAUAAUAGUUUUCACUUCCAAAUUCUAAUAUCAAUAUUGGACCUCCAAUAAAAUAUGAAAAAAUAAUUAAAUACAAUAAAUUCUUAAAAUUAUCCCAUGGAUGUGAUUGA